AUGGCUCCCACCAAAACCAGUAAGCGGGGCGCCCUGAGAGGCGCCUCCCCUGCUCCCAAGCGAGCGAGACAAGUCCACGUCUCGGCGCUGGCGUUGCUUCACCUGAAAGGCCGUUUGCCCGACGUCAACACCAUCCCCAAGCCGAAAACUGAGCCGCUCGAUAUCUUCGUGUGGGGGUCCGGGGCGAUGUGUGAGUUGGGUUUGGGCCCCGAAGCCAAGACCAAGGAAGUGAAACGACCAAGAAGAAACCCGCUUUUGAACGACGGCGCCCUCGGUGAGGGGGUUCACGUCGUCGACUUUGCCGCCGGGGGUAUGCACACUUUGGUGCUUGAUUCCAACAAUAACUUGUGGUCAUGGGGCACCAACGACUACGGCGUGCUUGGUCGGGACACUAGUGGUGCUGAAGUGCUUAAAACUAUUGAUGGCGACGACUCUGACGACGAAGACGCCUCAUUAAACCCUAAGGAAUCGACCCCGGGGAAAGUUGAAGGGCUCCCUAAAGGGAUCGCCAUUGUCGGGUUGGCGGCCACCGAUAACCUCAGUGCCGUCAUCCUCGACAAUGGCGACGUGUGGGCGUGGGGCGGCUUCCGCAACAACGAAGGGGUGCUUGGCUUUUUACGCCUGGACAAGUUGGAGCGGACCCCGCGCAAAAUCAACGAAUUGACGAACAUCUGCCAAUUGGCUGCCGGUAAAGAUCACUUGUUGGCCGUCGACACCAAGGGGGUGGUGUUUGCCUGGGGUAACGGCCAGCAGAACCAGCUUGGCCGCAAGGUGAUGCCGCGCCACGUGUUGAGAACGCUUGAACCGCAGCCGUUUGGCCUCUACAACAUCAAGUACAUUGCUCUGGGCGACUUCCACUGCUUUGCCGUCGACCACGACGACCACGUUUACGCGUGGGGGCUCAACCAGUACGGCCAGUGCGGCGUCGACGUCGCCGAAGGCGGGCUCAGAGACGGCGACAUGCUCCCCCACCCCACGUUAAUCAACCGCCUCACCAACAAGGGCGUGUCCCAAAUUGCCGGCGGCGAACACCACACCAUCUUCUUGACGGAACUGGGCGACGUCUACACCAGUGGCCGUGUCGACAUGAAGGAAGUGGGCAUUGCCGAAGACAAGUACCCUGAAUACGCUUACAAAGACGACCACGGCCGCGUGCGGGCCAUCCCCAUGCCCACUAAGGUCCAGGUGGGCAAGCAGACGUCGUUCAAGUGCAAGGCCAUCGGUGCCGGAUCUCACCAGUCGUACGCCGUUACUGAAGACGGUAUGGUCUACGCGUGGGGGUUUGCCGACACCUACGCUCUCGGCUUGGGUAACUUAGAUGACGAUAUCGAAGUGCCCACUCGCAUUCACAACACCGCCACCAAGGAUGAAGAUAUCGUCAAGGUCGAUGGUGGCGGGCAAUUUGCCAUUUCUGGCGGGGUCAAGUUGGCGGAAAAGGCUGCCGAAGACCGCUUAGAGAAAUACGAAGACGAUGACGACGAGUGA